AUGGAACGCAUUCUUCUUACCACCGACUAUCCCAAUCUAACUGAACUUGAAAUUCAUCAUUUCCAUGAAGAAAUUGCUUUAAAUUACUUUACAAAUAAAUCAUCACUUCGAUCUAUUUUCCAAGAACAAAUUACAAAUCUUAUUCUUAUCAAUAAUGAUACAUGCGCAAUGACAUGUUCAUCAAAUUAUACAGCAAAGAUAUAUGCGCAUAUUUUGACCUUCUUCAAAAAUUUAAAAAUUCUACGUAUUAUAGAACCAAGUGUUGUGUCAUAUCCACCUCUAUCACUUUGUUAUUUGCCAUCGACAACUUUUUCAUCUCCGAUUCUUACUCAUUUAUAUAUCAAUGUCGACGAAUUUGAUGAUUGUCUUUGCUUACUUGAUGGUCGACUUAAACAAUUGACAACAUUGUUUGUUACUGUCUGUUGCGCAUUCAAGUCUUCACGCAUUAUUCACAAUAUGGUAAGUUUAUAG